AAAAAGUUAGUCAUAAAGUUUGUACAAGUAGUUUUGUUGAAUGGUUAAAUUGAGAAUUUAUGAAGGUGUAAUUAAAAACAUUUGAGAGAAAAAAUGUAGUGAUAAACAUUUUCAUAGAACAAACCUGGUCUAUUGGACGGGCUCUGGUGUCGUUAAAGGUAAUCUUGUGUUUGUGCUUGUUCCCUGUUGAGUGACAUUGCUUUUUUGAAGAGGUUUCUCGCAACUAUGGAAGAAAUUGGUAUUAUUUUACCCGAUAAGGAGGAGAACAGCCAAGAUGCUAAACUCACAACAAUAUUGGGCCCCAGCUUAACUGACGACAACGAGACACACGAUUUGUUUACCAAGUUUAAAAAACUCCAGAGGCAGUUGGAAUUUUUAGCAGUGCAAGAAGAAUAUAUUAAAGAUGAACAGAGGAAUCUUAAAAAAGAAUAUCUUCAUGCUCAAGAGGAAGUAAAGAGGAUCCAGAGUGUUCCGCUUGUAAUUGGACAGUUUUUAGAGGCUGUAGAUCAAAAUACUGGCAUAGUCGGAAGCACUACUGGAUCGAACUAUUAUGUAAGAAUCUUAUCAACAAUUGAUCGAGAGCUACUUAAACCAUCAGCAAGUGUUGCUUUGCAUAAACACAGUAAUGCCCUUGUUGACGUUCUCCCACCUGAAGCCGAUUCGUCUAUUUCUAUGCUUCAAGCAGAUGAGAAACCAGACGUUCAAUAUGCUGAUAUUGGUGGAAUGGACAUGCAAAAACAGGAAAUUCGAGAGGCCGUCGAGCUACCUUUAACACAUUUUGAACUUUAUCGUCAAAUUGGUAUUGAUCCUCCUAGAGGCGUUCUUAUGUAUGGUCCACCUGGAUGCGGGAAGACAAUGCUUGCGAAAGCUGUAGCUCACCAUACAACAGCUGCUUUUAUCCGUGUUGUUGGAUCUGAAUUCGUUCAGAAAUACCUAGGGGAAGGGCCAAGAAUGGUAAGAGAUGUGUUUAGGCUGGCUAAAGAGAAUGCUCCAGCCAUUAUAUUCAUUGAUGAAAUAGACGCUAUUGCCACAAAGCGGUUUGACGCGCAAACUGGUGCAGAUAGAGAGGUUCAAAGGAUUCUUUUGGAACUUCUUAAUCAAAUGGAUGGUUUCGACCAGACCACUAACGUCAAAGUCAUAAUGGCUACAAACAGGGCUGAUACUCUUGAUCCUGCUCUCCUAAGGCCAGGUAGGCUUGACAGGAAAAUUGAAUUUCCUCUCCCGGACAGGAGGCAAAAGAGAUUAGUAUUCUCGACCAUAACUGCUAAAAUGAAUCUUAGUGAGGAAGUUGAUCUUGAAGAUUAUGUUGCAAGACCAGACCGCAUAUCUGGAGCUGAUAUUAAUGCCAUCUGCCAAGAGGCUGGAAUGCAUGCUGUUAGAGAAAACCGAUACAUUGUACUUGCUAAAGACUUCGAAAAGGGAUACAAAAAUAAUAUUAAGAAGGAUGAAUCAGAACACGAGUUUUAUAAAUAAAUUUGAAAAGUUUAAUAAAUUUGUAACUAUUAUAUGGAAUUAUUUGGCUUUAA